AUGACAGGGAGAUGGUCCAUCUCACAUCCGGCAGCACUGGCGCAAAUCUUGGAUUUCCGUACCUUGACUAAAGAAAAACCGCUCAAGCACCGGCAUGUGGCAGUUGCUCCCGAAAAGGCCCCGCAAGCCUCCCAAGUGAAGACAGCUCGGAUCAAACGCACCAAAGCUGCUAAACGCUUGCAAGAGAACAGCGCUGUAGUACUUCCAUUUGUAAUGGAGACGUAUGAUCUAGCUACUGUAAAGAUUUCUAAUAAAAAAGUCAGGUUUUAUAGGUACAUCGGUCAGACCCACUUUUCUGACCCACUGGCAAAAGUCACUGGCUGGCUGAUCAGCCUGGCUGAUCAGCCGUUCUGCAUCACGGCCUUACCUCUAGAUACCUAA